AUGGUAUUGGAAGCUACAGUGUUGGUAAUUGACAAUUCCGAGUACUCCCGUAACGGGGACUUCCCUAGGACACGGUUCGAAGCUCAGAUCGACUCUGUGGAGUUUGUAUUUCAGGCCAAGAGAAACAGCAAUCCCGAGAAUACAGUGGGACUCAUCUCUGGUGCAGGCGCCAACCCUCGGGUGCUGUCCACAUUUACCGCUGAAUUCGGGAAGAUUCUUGCUGGGCUACACGACACUCGGAUCGAGGGCAAGCUGCAUCUGGCUACCGCGUUGCAGAUUGCGCAACUGACUUUGAAGCAUCGCCAGAACAAGGUCCAGCAUCAGAGAAUCGUGGCGUUUGUAUGCAGUCCAAUAAGCGACCCUCGAGACGAAUUGAUCAGGCUAGCCAAGACACUGAAGAAAAAUAACGUUGCCGUGGACAUCAUCAAUUUCGGCGAGGUUGAGCAGAACACGGAGCUAUUGGAUGAAUUCGUUGCUGCGGCAAACAACCCUCAGGAGGAGACGAGUCAUUUGCUCACCGUGACGCCCGGUCCCAGACUACUGUACGAGAACAUCGCAUCCUCCCCUAUAAUUCUCGAAGAAGGAUCCUCCGGUAUGGGUGCCUUUGGUGGAGCUGGCGCGGAUGCCGAUGCUAAUGGCGCAUUUAUGGACUUUGGGGUGGACCCAUCCAUGGACCCAGAACUGGCAAUGGCUUUGCGUCUGUCCAUGGAGGAAGAACAACAGAGACAAGAAAGAUUAAGACAGCAGCAGCAGCAGCAGGACCAGCAGGACCAGCCGGAAAGUCACCAAGACAAAUAA